AUGCCAGAGCCUGCAAAGAAAACAGUUUCUGCAUUUACCAAGAAGCCGAAGACAACAGAGGUGACAGCCGGAAGCACAGCUGUGUUUGAAGCAGAGACAGAAAAAGCUGGCAUCAAGGUGAAGUGGCAGCGAGCUGGCACAGAAAUUACUGAAAGUGAGAAAUAUAUCAUCAAGGCAGAAGGAAACAAGCAUUCACUGACAAUUAAUAACAUAGGAAAAGAAGAUGAUGUGACAUAUGCUGUAAUAGCUGGAAGUUCUAAGGUCAAAUUUGAACUCAAGGUCAAGGAACCAGGUACAGUGUUUCCUAAGCAAUUUGAAUUUAUCACUCCCCCAGCCCCAGCUGCCUCAGAGUCACCUGCUCCACCAGUAGAAAGCAGCCAAAACACAGAAGCUGCAUCUGCUGGGACUCAACCAAAAGAGCCUCUGGACCCUAUUGGGCUCUUUGUGACACGACCCCAGGAUGGAGAAGUUACUGUUGGUGGAAACAUCACGUUCACUGCCAUAGUGGCAGGUGAGAGCCUGCUGAAGAAGCCAUCAGUGAAAUGGUUCAAAGGAAAGUGGAUGGACCUGGGAAGCAAAGUGGGGAAACAUCUCCAGCUACAUGACAAUUAUGAUCGAAAUAAUAAGGUGUACACCUUUGAAAUGGAAAUCAUAGAAGCAAACAUGACUUUCGCAGGAGGGUACAGAUGUGAGGUGUCUACCAAGGACAAGUUUGAUAGUUCGAAUUUCAACCUGACAGUCAAUGAAGCACCAAUAACUGGAGACUUGGAUAUUCGCGCUGCCUUCCGACGCACGAGCCUGGCAGGAGGGGGGAGACGGAUGACUUCAGCCUUUCUCAGUACCGAGGGACAUGAAGAAGGUGGAGAGUUUAAUUUUAGUGCCUUACUGAAAAAGAGAGACAGCUUCUUGCGCUCAGUAAAUCGAGGUGAAGCAAAAUCUGAAUCACAAUCUGAUGUUGAUGUCUGGGAAAUCCUGAGGAAAGCUCCUCCUUCUGAAUAUGAGAAAAUUGCUUUUCAGUAUGGUAUCACAGACUUGCGUGGGAUGCUGAAACGCCUCAAACGCAUAAAGAAGGAAGAGAAAAAAAGUACAGCAUUCCUCAAGAAACUGGAUCCAGCUUACCAAGUGGACAAAGGGCAAAAGAUUAAAUUAACGAUCGAAGUUGCCAAUCCAGAUGCUGAUGUGAAAUGGCUGAAGAAUGGACAGGAGAUCCAAGUGAGCGGCAGCAAAUACAUUUUUGAGGCUGUUGGGAAUAAGAGAAUAUUGACCAUAAACCACUGCUCUCUGGCUGACGAUGCAGCAUAUGAAUGUGUGGUAGGGGAGGAAAAGAGCUUCACAGAAUUAUUUGUAAAAGAACCUCCAAUCCUGAUCACUCACCCACUGGAGGACCAGAUGGUGAUGGUUGGAGAGAGAGUGGAGUUUGAGUGUGAAGUGUCUGAGGAAGGAGCUACUGUGAAAUGGGAAAAGGACGGAAUUGAGCUGACACGGGAAGAAACAUUCAAGUACCGAUUCAAGAAAGAUGGAAAAAAACAGUAUCUAAUUAUUAAUGAGUCAACCAAGGAAGAUAGUGGACACUACACCGUGAAGACCAAUGGCGGGGUAUCAGUCGCUGAACUGAUUGUACAAGAGAAAAAGCUGGAAGUUUAUCAGAGCAUUGCAGACCUGACAGUGAAGGCACGUGACCAGGCAGUCUUCAAGUGUGAAGUUUCCGAUGAAAAUGUGAAAGGAAUCUGGUUGAAAAAUGGAAAGGAGGUGGUCCCAGAUGAAAGGAUAAAGAUCUCCCAUAUUGGCAGAAUCCAUAAGCUAACUAUUGAGGAUGUAACACCAGGUGACGAGGCUGAUUAUUCCUUCAUCCCUCAGGGAUUUGCUUACAACCUUUCUGCCAAGCUUCAGUUUUUGGAGGUCAAGAUUGAUUUUGUACCAAGAGAAGAGCCUCCCAAAAUCCACCUUGACUGUCUGGGCCAAUCCCCUGACACUAUUGUCGUGGUGGCUGGGAACAAAUUGAGACUGGAUGUUCCCAUAUCAGGAGAUCCAACACCUACUGUCAUCUGGCAGAAAGUAAACAAGAAAAGCGACCUUGUUCGAAGCAAUGAUGAUUCCAUGACUGCCUCAGAAAACAGCAGUGAUUUAAAUACUGAUAGUAAGCUGCUGUUUGAAUCUGAAGGCAGAGUUCGUGUGGAGAUGCACGAAGACCACUGUGUCUUCAUCAUUGAAGGAGCAGAAAAGGAGGAUGAGGGAGUAUACAGAGUUACAGUUAAGAAUCCAGUGGGAGAAGAUAAGGCUGAUAUCACAGUCAAAGUUAUUGAUGUUCCUGACCCUCCAGAAGCUCCCAAGAUCAGCAACAUUGGAGAAGAUUACUGUACUGUGCAGUGGCAACCUCCUAAAUACGAUGGUGGGCAACCAGUACUUGGCUAUAUCUUAGAGAGAAAGAAGAAGAAAAGCUAUCGAUGGAUGCGACUGAACUUUGACCUUUUAAAAGACCUAACCUAUGAAGCCAAGCGAAUGAUUGAAGGAGUAGUUUAUGAGAUGCGGAUUUAUGCUGUGAAUUCUAUUGGCAUGUCCCGGCCAAGCCCUGCCUCACAACCCUUCAUGCCAAUUGCUCCUCCAAGUGAACCAACCCACUUUACAGUGGAAGAUGUUUCUGACAGCACUGUUGCCUUGAAGUGGAGACCCCCUGAGCGGAUUGGAGCUGGGGGAUUAGAUGGUUAUAUUGUGGAAUACUGCAAAGAUGGAUCUACAGAAUGGAUUCCAGCCCUUCCUGGUCUCACUGAGCGCACAUCUGCACUAAUUAAAGACUUGGUUACAGGGGACAAACUUCAUUUCCGUAUAAAGGCUAUAAACUUGGCUGGUGAGAGUGGAGCAGCAAUAAUCAAAGAGCCCGUUACUGUUCAAGAGAUCCUGCAGCGUCCCAAAAUCUGGUUGCCACGCCAUCUCAGACAGACCCUAGUGAAAAAAGUGGGUGAGACAAUCAAUAUCGUGAUCCCUUUUCAGGGUAAACCAAGACCCAAAAUUGUUUGGAUGAAGGAUGGUCAAACUCUAGACUCCAAAGAUGUGGGAAUACGGAACAGCAACACGGACACAAUCCUUUUCAUCAGAAAGGCAGAGCUUCAUCACUCAGGAGCAUAUGAAGUCACUCUUCAGAUAGAAAACAUGACUGAUAAAGUUGCAAUAACAAUGCAAAUCAUAGGUAAGAAUCUGAAAACAUCAAAAUUAAGCAUAUUAUACAAAACAAAAUAGUGGCCAUACUGAGGCAAUCCAAGAUCCAGCUACCUCAGAAUCUCUUCUCUGGCAAUGGUUGAUAGCAGAUGAUUAGGACAAAGCUCAGAGCAGGGCUAGCAUGUCACUUUAUUUUCCUAGUGUAUUUUCCCAGCUAGCAAUGAUCCAUGUGCUAGAGACUUUUGGAGGGAGAGGGAUUAUCUGUGUGUCCCA